GCCGCGGCGGCGGCUUCCUGCAGGAGGCCUCGCACCAGAUCGCGGCCGGGGGCUCCGCGGAAGUUAUCAAAGGAUGUGAUUUCACUUACCUGAGGACCAGAGGUGCUCCCCUUAGCCACACCAGAGAUUGAACUGAAUUGGGAUGGACAGUAUGUGCAGCUGUGUCCCCUUGCACGGCCUUGUAGAGAUUUGCCUGAUGCAUCCCCUUGAUGUAGUGAAAACAAGGUUCCAAAUUCAAAGAGGGAAAACUGAUCCGACCAGUUACAAGAGCCUGGGGGACUGUUUUAGGACUAUUUUCCAGAGAGAAGGGUUGCUUGGCUUCUACAAAGGAAUAUUGCCUCCUAUCUUGGCUGAGACACCCAAAAGAGCAGUGAAGUUUUUCACCUUUGAACAAUACAAAAAGCUACUAGGAUAUGCGUCGUUACCACCAGGACUGGCAUUUGCAGUUGCCGGCUUGGGAUCCGGAUUAACAGAAGCGGUUGUGGUUAACCCUUUUGAAGUGGUAAAGGUUAGCUUACAGACGAACCGGAGCGCCUUCACGGAGCAACCGUCUAGCUUCGUCCAGGCUCGGCAGAUUAUUAAAGCUGAUGGUCUGGGGUUCCAGGGCCUCAACAAAGGUCUCACCGCGACGCUGGGCCGCCAUGGAGUUUUUAACAUGGUUUAUUUUGGAUUCUACUUCAACGUGAAAAAUAUUCUUCCCGUCAAUAAAGAUCCAAAUUUGGAGUUUUUGAGGAAAUUUGGAAUUGGGCUGGUCUCAGGAACAAUAGCCUCAAUUAUUAACAUUCCUUUUGAUGUUGCAAAAAGUAGGAUUCAAGGACCACAGCCAGUUCCUGGAGAGAUCAAGUACAGAACCUGUUUUAAAACUAUGGCAACAGUCUAUAAAGAGGAAGGAUUUCUGGCUCUGUACAAAGGCUUGGUUCCCAAGAUCAUGAGGCUUGGCCCAGGUGGUGCAGUGAUGCUUUUGGUUUAUGAAUACGUUUAUGCAUGGCUUCAGGAAACAAAUGAUCACAAAGAGUCCUUCUGAAACAAACAUACUCUUUGAAAUUAUAUGCAUUCUAAAAUACAUUUUAAUAAAGUAAAAAUGAUUCUUA